CAUGUUAAAAUUAGUUCGCUACAGCCAAAGUCAGAGAUAGUCUUUCGACUCUCCCAUUUCUUUCUCUUUCCAAUUCCCUCUCUCCCAUUAGAUCUCAUUUUCCCUCUCUUUUUUCCCGAGAAACCAUGUCCGACGCUUUGAUCAACGGACUAGCCGGAGCCGGAGGCGGAAUCAUCGCUCAGCUCCUCACAUAUCCUCUCCAAACUGUAAACACUCGUCAACAAACGGAGCGCGAUCCGAAGAAAGAGAAGGGGAAGUUUGGGACUAUUGGACAAAUGUAUCAGGUUGUAAAGCACGAAGGAUGGGAUCGGCUGUACGGAGGGUUAACGCCGUCGCUUGUCGGUACGGCUGCAUCUCAGGGCGUUUACUAUUAUUUUUAUCAAAUAUUCAGGAACAAGGCAGAAGCUAGUGCGCUUGAACGCAUGAAGAAUGGGAUUGGUGAUGGAUCAGUCGGAAUGUUCUCAUCGCUCGUGGUGGCUGCUUUAUCUGGGUGCGUGAAUGUGCUAUUGACCAACCCUAUUUGGGUCAUUGUUACUCGCAUGCAGACUCACACAAAAAUCUCAAAGCAGUCCAAGCCUAUAUAUAGUCCAGCAGUUGCUCCAAAUGAAGCAGCUGUUUCUGCAAUCGAGCCUACUCCUUAUGGAACUAGCCAUGUGAUUCAAGAAAUCUAUGGUGAAGCUGGAGUUCGGGGUUUCUGGAAAGGUGUAUUACCCACAUUGAUCAUGGUGAGCAAUCCUUCCAUACAAUUCAUGUUGUAUGAAACAAUGUUGAAGAAGCUGAGGAAGAGACGUGCCUCACAUAAGAAGGAUAGUGGUGGGAUAACUGCUUCGGAGAUAUUUCUUCUUGGAGCUUUGGCUAAACUUGGAGCUACAGUUGUGACAUAUCCUCUUUUGGUUGUGAAGUCAAGGCUUCAAGCAAAGCAAGUUGCCGGGGGUGACAAAAGGCAUCAUUAUAAAGGCACGUGUGAUGCGAUUGGGAAGAUGAUUCACUAUGAAGGUUUUGCUGGCUUUUACAAAGGGAUGAACACAAAAAUUGUGCAAAGUGUUCUUGCAGCAGCUGUUUUAUUCAUGGUUAAGGAAGAACUUGUGAGAGGGGUUCGAUUGUUGUUGUCUAAGAAGGUCACUAAUACAGUUAGAUAGUCUGAUAGAAGAUUGCGUUAUAUGUAGAACAAACAACCCAAGCUCAACAUUGCUUGAAAUUUCUAUGCUCAUUUAAAAUCAUAAGCCCCCUAUGCUGGCAGGCUUUACAUCCCAAAAUAAUAGGAUACUAGGAUGAUUUUCUUGGGAAUAAUGUGAUUUUUUAGACGCCCCUGUUAUUUUGAUGAAAUGUAUUUGACGAUGGUAAUUACAGGGUGUAAUGAUCGCCUUCAGUUUGUUGCGCACUGA